AUGGAUCGUGAUUUCUUAUCUUCUAUUAUCCUUUUUUCUUCUCUCAUAUUUCUUGCAUUCUUAUGGAAUCUAAUCACUCGCUCCAAACGUCCCCGGAGUUCCGGCGAACUUCCGCCGGGGCCGAGAAAGCUGCCGGUCAUCGGGAACUUGCACAACCUUGUCAGCUCCCGACCACCGCAUCAUAUUUUAGCCGACUUGGCGUCGAAAUAUGGGGCGAUGAUGCACUUGCGGCUAGGUGAAAUCAGCACGGUUGUUAUAUCGUCGCCGGAGGCAGCAAAAGAGGUCAUGAAGACAUAUGACAUCAACUUCGCUAAUAGGCCAUCUUUCUAUGCAUCGAAGAUUAUAACUUAUGACAACUCCGACAUAGGAUUCUCCAAUGGAGAAUACCGGAAAAAUUUGCGAAAAGUAAGCAAAAUGGAGCUGCUGAGUGCGAAGCGCGUCAAAUCUUUUCGUCCCUUAAGGGAAGAAGUGUUUUCGGAUAUGUGCAGUUGGAUAGCUUCAAAAGAAGGCUCGUCGAUAAACUUGACUGAGAAAGUUUCCUUGGCGACUUUUGAUGUGGCUUUGCGGGCAUCGCUUGGCGGAAAGAUUGAUGAACACACAGCAAUGGUAGAUGUAACUAAGGAGUCUUUCGAUUUACUCGCAGGAUUUUAUGCCGGCGAUUUGUUUCCCUCCAUCAGUUUGUUGCAAUCAAUCGACGGAUUUAGAGGUCGUGUGGAGAAGGUGCACAAACUAUCCGAUGCCAUACUCCAGAAGAUUAUUGACAGUCGAAAAGUAGCCAAAUCUCAAGGCAAAACACACGAAAACUUGGUUGAUAUUCUCCUCAAAUUCCAUAAGGAUACCGGGCAUGAUCUCGGCUUAAGCGAUGACAAUAUAAAAGCUGUGCUACAGGAUAUGUUCAUUGCUGGAAUCGAAACAUCAUCGACAACUACAGAUUGGGCCAUGGCAGAAAUGAUGAAACAUCCAAGCCUUCUUAAGAAGGCACAAGAUGAGGUGAGACAGAUUUUUCUCGACAAGGGAUUUGUCGAUGAGUCCGACUUCGAUGAGCUAAAGUACCUAAACUUAGUGAUCAAAGAAACUUUCCGAAUCCACCCGCCGGGGCCUUUAAUUCUCAGAGAAAACAAAGAGACCUGUGAGAUCAAUGGAUACACAAUACCUGCAAAAACAAGGGUUGUGGUGAAUGCAUGGGCCAUUGGAAGAGAUCCCAAAAUCUGGAAAGAUGCCGACAGCUUUAUACCAGAGAGAUUUCUCGAUAACAAUAUUUCAGCCGAUUACACUGGAAAGAAUUUCGAUUACAUCCCUUUUGGCUCUGGUCGAAGGAUUUGCCCUGGAAUGUCAUUCGGCAUAGCUAACGUCGAAUUCCCAUUGGCAAUGUUACUCUACCACUUCGAUUGGGUUUUGCCACAGGGAAUCAAACCUGAAGAUGUGGACAUGGCUGAAUCCUUUGGCCUUACAGCAGUAAGAAAAACUCCUCUUACUGUGAUUCCCAAAUUGAAAAACCCUUUGCCUGUAAAGUAAAAUCGAGAGACACACUAUCUUCCUUAAUUUCCUUGUUCGAUCGAGCCAUUUGUAAUCAUUGAAAAAUAAGGCUUGAUCGAUGUAUAAGCACUAGCUACUGCUAAUAAUAGAUUUAAACUUGUUUUACUUUUUUUCGAAACUUUGGUUAAUGAAUUCCAUCUAUCUUACAGGAGAGACCAUGAGGCUGUG